CGUCGAUGGUAGGAAGGGCAAUGCCAUGUGCGAGCUUGAACGCCCAGGCCAGAUGGCUGAGAGGAAUCCCCCUGACGCUCAACGCUGGCUCCAGCCUGCGUCGGGUAUUUUCCAGAUCCCGGGCGAUGUUCAUGUCUACCGCUUUGUCGAAAGCUUCCAGGAACAUGGCAGCCGCCUCAGGCUGCAGCUUUCCGAGAGAGGACAUUUUCGACGGAGGCACGUUCGCGCCAGGCUGAAGAGGAUGAUUUGCCGUUGACUUUCGGCGAAAUGAAGGAUGAAGGAAAUCGUGAAGUGGGAGCUGCGAUUAUGCGCAGAAGGAGGGUAUUGAUCGAGCGAAGGCGAUUUGGAAAGACAGAGAGCGGAACAAGGAAGAGGUCGAUGUGGGAAGAGCCACUUAGACCGGAGCCGGGACACAGCAGUGAAGGGAACGGGUUGUUUACGGGGGAGAGGGGAUUUGGAUUUGUGUGUUGCUGGUGAGUGUGCAGCGACUGAUUGGCCUGUCUCGUCGACAGCCUCAACCCAGUGAACCUCCAUUCACCGAAGAACAUCCCCCCCCCUUUCCGGCUCCGAUGUUGAAGCAACCGCGGCGGGGCCAGUGUUCAGACAGGGAUCCGGACCUAACUGUCG